AUGGCUGAUAGAUCUGCUAUUCAGUUAAUCGAUGAAGAGAAAGACUUUCAUCAAAGCGCAUUACAAUACUUUCAACAAUGUAUUGGAAAUCGUGAUGUUGGUCUAGAUUAUCAUGUCAUCUCCGUGUUCGGUUCUCAAUCGAGUGGUAAAUCGACUCUGCUUAACGUCCUGUUCAAUACCAACUUUGAUACCAUGGAUGCUCAGGUGAAAAGACAACAGACUACCAAAGGUAUUUGGUUGGCUCACACAAAAGAGGUUAACACAACUAUUGAAGUCAACAGUAAUCGUCCAGAUAUUUUUGUACUUGAUGUUGAAGGUUCCGAUGGUUCAGAAAGAGGUGAAGACCAAGAUUUCGAGAGAAAAGCAGCUCUGUUUGCCAUCGCGGUAUCUGAAGUUCUUAUAGUUAAUAUGUGGGAGCAGCAAAUUGGGUUAUAUCAAGGUAAUAAUAUGGCUUUAUUGAAAACAGUUUUUGAAGUCAACCUUUCCCUAUUUGGCAAGAAUGAUAAUGAUCACAAGGUGCUGUUACUUUUUGUAAUCAGAGACCACGUUGGUGUUACUCCCCUCUCGAGUUUGAGUGAUUCUGUUACAAGAGAAUUGGAGAAGAUAUGGUCAGAGUUAAGCAAACCUGCUGGUUGUGAGGAUUCUAGCCUGUACGAUUUUUUUGAUUUAAAAUUUGUCGGACUGGCUCAUAAGUUAUUGCAAAAAGACCAAUUUACUCAGGAUGUCAAGCAAUUAGGUGAUUCGUUUGUGAUGAAAGGUACGGAAAAUUAUUACUUCAAGCCUCAAUAUCACCAUAGGUUACCAUUAGAUGGUUGGACUAUGUACGCUGAGAAUUGUUGGGAUCAAAUUGAACAUAACAAAGAUUUAGAUCUUCCAACUCAGCAAAUUUUGGUUGCUAGAUUUAAAACCGAGGAAAUAUCCAAUGAAGCUCUGGAAGAAUUCAUUUCAAAAUAUGAUGAGUCGAUUGCUCCCUUAAAGGGUAAUUUGGGGACUUUAACAUCUCAGCUGGUGAAGCUAAAAGAAGAGUGUCUAACAAAAUAUGAUGAACAAGCAUCGCGCUAUGCAAAAAAUGUUUAUAUGGAGAAACGAGAAGCUUUAAGUGCAAAGCUGAAUUCACAUAUUUCAGGUACAAUAGAUGAGUUCUUAGAAUCGUUAAUGGAAAAACUAUGGAAAGAUUUAAAAUUAGAGGUAUCUUCCAGAGACAAAGCUACUACUUCUUUCGUAGAAAGUGUGGCUACAGGCAAGAGUAAAAUUGAGAAAGAAUUCAUCGAAUCAAUGGAGGCCUUUAAGAAGCUAGGGCUGCUAACAUCGGAUGAAGAGAUUACUUGCAAAUUUUCCAAUGAUUCUGAAGAAAGAAUUAAGCAACUACGUGAUGCUGAAUUGAAAGCAAAAAUCAGCCGUAUUAGAAAAAAUUUGAUCCCCGAAUUAAAGGAUCACGUUAUUCAUUUACUAUCACAUCCAUCCAAAAGGGUUUGGGACGACAUAAUGGAUGAUUUUGAAUCCACUAUUAAAAGCAAUCUAUUUGCCUAUCAAGUGGAGAAAGAUAAAUAUGAUUUCAAAAUUGGACUUUCAGACGGUGAAAACGCAAAGAUUUACAAAAAUAUCAGAAUUUUGGCAUGGAGAACCUUAGAUACCACAGUUCAUGACUACUUGAAGAUAGAUACAAUUGUUAGUAUAUUGAGAGACAGGUUUGAAGAUGUAUUCAGAUAUGAUGCUGAAGGGUCUCCAAGGUUGUGGAAAACAGAAGAAGAGAUUGAUGGGGCGUUCCGUGUAGGAAAAGAACAUGCCCUGGAAGUUUUUGAGGUUCUCUCACUUGCCGUAACCUCGGACAGCGUUGAAAUUAUACCUGAUGUACAAAUAGCUGAAGAGGAAAAUGGCGAGGACAAUGAAAUAUACCGAGACAACGAAGGUGUGUUCCAUUCCCGUCGUUUCGCACACAUCUUGACUGAAUUGCAGAAGGAAAAUGUUCUAGAUCAAUUCCGUAGGCAGAUUAACAUUACUGUACUGGAUUCCAAAAGGUCGAUCAUCACUACGAGAACGCAUAUCCCACCUUGGAUAUACGUUUUGCUAGCUGUAUUAGGAUGGAACGAAUUUGUGGCUGUCAUAAGAAACCCCUUAUUUGUAACUCUUACCUUGAUCCUGGGGGCGACCUUUUUUGUUAUUCAUAAGUUCGGCCUAUGGGGACCUGUUGUUAAUGUUGUUCAAAGUGCCGUUGGGGAAACAAGAACUGCAAUCAAGGACAAAUUAAGAAAAUUUGUUGUUGAAGAUCAUGAAGUGAAAGAGUCUUUUGAAAUGAAGGACUUCUCCAAAAGCGAACAAAAAGAAUAA